AUGGCACCUCUGAGCCAGCUAAGCAGCCACGUCAACUCCACCUGUGGGACAGAGAACUGCACAGGCGUCCACGGGGCCCGCCCGCGUGCCUACUAUGCCCUGUCCUACUGUGUGGUCAUCCUAGUCAUCAUCUUUGGCAACAGCCUGGUGUGCGCGGCUGUGCUGAGGGAGAGAGUCCUGCAGACCACCACCAACUACCUAGUGGUGAGCCUGGCCGUAGCCGACCUGCUGGUGGCCACCUUGGUGAUGCCCUGGGUGGUGUACUUGGAGGUGACAGGUGGCGUCUGGAAUUUCAGCCGCAUUUGCUGCGAUGUGUUUGUCACCCUGGAUGUCAUGAUGUGUACGGCCAGCAUCCUGAACCUCUGUGCCAUCAGCAUAGACAGGUACACUGCGGUGGUCAUGCCCGUGCGUUACCAACAUGGCACAGGGCAGAGCUCCUGCCGGCGCGUGGCCCUCAUGAUUACUACGGUCUGGGUGCUGGCUUUUGCUGUGUCCUGCCCUCUGCUGUUUGGUUUCAACACUACAGGGGACCCCAGCAUCUGCUCCAUCUCCAACCCUGAUUUUGUCAUCUACUCCUCAGUGGUGUCCUUCUAUGUGCCCUUUGGGGUCACUGUCCUUGUCUAUGCCAGAAUUUAUGUGGUGCUGAGGCAAAGGAGGCGGAAACGGACCCUUACUCGACAGAACAGCCAGUGCCUCAGCAUCAGGCCUGGUUUCCCCCAACAGUCCCGUCUGCGACUGAACUCCAUUCGGCAGUUUUCCAUAAGGGCUAAAUUUCCAUCAGAUGCCAGGGGACAGAUGGACCACAAAGAAGAUAAACAACAUCCCCAGAAACGUCAGGAGCCUCUGUCGUCACACCUGCAGCCCCUGUCUCCCAGCCACCCCCACAGGGCUCUGAAGCACUACUACAGCAUCUCCCAAGACCCGGCCUUGGGACACCCAGGCUUCCAAGAAGGAGGAGAAGGGGGAUUGGAUAGGGCCGAGAGGACUCGGGACUCCCUGAGCCCCACCGUGGGCCCCAAGCUCAGCUUAGAGGUUCGGAAGCUCAGCAAUGGCAGGUUAUCAACAUCCCUGAAGCUGGGGUCCCUGCAGCCUCGUGGAGUGCCACUCCGGGAAAAGAAAGCCACACAGAUGGUGGCCAUUGUGCUUGGGGCCUUCAUCAUCUGCUGGCUGCCCUUCUUCUUGACUCAUGUCCUUAAUACCCACUGCCAGGCAUGCCGUGUGUCCCCAGAGCUUUACAGAGCCACGACGUGGCUGGGCUACAUGAACAGUGCCCUCAACCCCGUGAUCUAUACCACCUUCAAUGUCGAAUUCCGUAAAGCCUUUCUCAAGAUCCUGUCUUGCUGA